CUUCCUUGCCUUUUUUUAUAGCCUUUCCCUCUCCCUUUGUCUCCUUCCCUCCCUUUAUUCCCAACCUUUUCACUUCCUCACAAGCAAACCAAAGAAACCGAAGCAAACAAUUGCAAGUUGCCCAGGCAUUUCCUGCUGACCCCUCUUGUUAUAAGACCAAGGGGACUAGGGGCACAGGACAAAAGCCCCUUCGCAGUUUCCCCAAAGCUACUCUCCCACAAACCCAGACCAAAACAGCUCUUGCUUCUUUCCUUUCUUUUCUUGUUGGCCUUCUCCUUGCUUGCUUGCUUGUUGCUUCUUGAACCCCGCUGCACCUUGCCCAAGCCUCUCUGUGUGUUUUAUAGACUUGAGAGCUCGGGAUAGGUGGCGAGGGGGGUGAAGGAAGGAAAGCAUAGACUGGUUCAUCUUCUUGACAAGUCAUGUUCCAUGGUGGUAGGCCUUUGUCCCUCAGGGGGUCUCUCAAGGCCCUUGAAGCUGAUAUCCACCAUGCCAACACCCUGGCGCAUGCUAUACACAGGGCCUAUGGGGGUGCCUGUGUGCAGAUGAGGCUGUCCUACAGCUCCAUGGCUCCAAUCAUCUUCAACCUCAUCCAGUGGAUGGAUUGCAGCUGCUCUCUGUCAUAUACCCUCCCUAGUUACCUUGGCCUGCUUGAGGUUCUUGUAUACAAGGUUUAUGUUGAUGAAGAUGCCUCUAUAUCCACCAUCGAAAGGAGAGCAAGCCUCAAGGAAUUCUACGCUAUCAUAUACCCUUUCUUGCAACAACUUGAGGGCAACCUGAUGGAGAAGGACUGCAAGGAGAAAGGGUGGUGUAAGGAGUCCAGUGGCUGUGGCCGGAAUCCUGUUGCCGAUGAUAACAGGGAGGAUGAGUGCGGCAUUUGCUUGGAGAUUUGCACCAAGAUGGUCCUUCCCAAUUGCAACCACGCCAUGUGCAUCAACUGUUACCGAGACUGGUAUACAAGAUCCCAGUCAUGCCCGUUCUGCCGCGGAAGCCUAAAGAGGGUCCGAUCCAGAGACCUCUGGGUGCUCACCGGCGACGACGAUGUGAUCGACACGGUCACCUUGGAGAAGGAAAAUGUGAGGCACUUCCUCAGCUUCAUCGAUAGCUUGCCUCUGAUCGUCCCUGACAACAUGUUGUUGGUGUACUACGACUACCUAGUAUGACAAAGCUCCCGCUGAAACUGAAAGAGUAGAGAUCUGGGAAGCGGUGUACAAGACUACGAGGGUUCCAGCAGCCGACCAUCCGCUGCGGAUAGAGUCUGGCAAGCGAAGCCAUUGUUGCAAAAGCUCUAGUAUUUCAUUACACUGGCUUUGCAAAAUCGCAUUGUUUGUUGUAAUAAUAACUGUAAAGAAGAAAAAUGUCUCGAGUUUUACUAGU